AUGAAACUCCCCCUACUUCUGGCUCUUCUACUUGGGACAGUUUCAGCUUUUCAUCUGAGAACUGAAAUGUCCAACAUCGAGAGCCCCUUGUGGGAUGACACCCUGCCUCAGGUUGGGGAGGUGCCAGAAAGUGAGGCAAAGGAGGUCCCUGUGGAGGAGUAGAUGCUGCUAGAGGAAGAGGGAUGGGGCUCUGGAAGUGAAGAUGCCCGCAGGGAAGAGGGGGCUGUUGAGUCCAUCUCAGCCUUGGAUGAUGUAGACAGGGACCUUCAGUGUCCUAAGGAUGAGCACACAGUAAAACUGGAGGGCAUCCCUGGAUGCAAGACCUGCCGUUUCCUCCUGUUAACUUGCCAGAGGUGCUACUGGGGAAGACUCAUCUCCAUCCACAACUGCAGCCUUAAUUACCAGAUCCAGUGCUUAGUCAAACAGAUCAACCAGGGCCAAGUCUGGAUCGGAGGCCAGGUCACCGGCUGGGGUCGCUGCACACGCUCUCGCUGGCUUGACGGCACUCCCUGGAAUUUUGCAUACUGGGCUACUGGCCAGCCCCGGGGCAGUGCUGCUAGAUGUGUGACCCCAUGCACCAGAGGAGGCCAGUGGCGUCGAGCUCACUGUGGCGUGGGUCUCCCGUUCAUCUGUUCCUACUGA